CAAUGCUGAAAGCUUAUUCACUUGUAUUAUUCGCGUUGUUUGUAAUUUUCCUGCAAACUACUGUAUCUCAGAAAUCGAAAGGGAAUAAUGAGGCCAAACCCACGACGUACAAGAUCCGGUUCACCAAAGCCGUCUGCAUCAACCUGCCGUACGAGGUGGCCUGGAACGUGACCUGCCGACUGAAACUGGUCCGGAACCAACCGUCGAAGAUGCUGUUCUCCGUAACGGUCGAUCAAAUCGAUCAGCUCUAUCUGACCUUUGCCAUGUACUACAAAUACCAGGUCACCUAUCAGCCGCUGCUGAUGGACACAACCUUCGAUGUUUGCGCCACCCUGAAGAAGUACAACAGCGGCAAUCAGGCGGGGGCUGUCGGUUUCGAUCGAACCGCCAUAUAUCUUAUCGGGAUUUUGGAAAAGAAUCAACCCAAGCUGAUCAAGAAUGGAUGUCCCUUUAGGGGAGUGAUCGAGUUGGAUAACUUCAUCAUCGAUGAAUCGAUGGCACCAAAGUUCCUUCCGGCCGGAGAUUACAGGCUGGAUAUGCACUACUAUAACGAGAAGAACCAAACCGUCAUGUAUUCGCAGGUUUUCGGAUCUGCUCGUGCAGUCGGCAUCGUGGAUCUUUCGAUGGGAUGAAUAUGACAGCAACCUAAUGGAGCAUAUUUUCAAUAAAUAAUAUGGUAUUUCUUAGAAUUCAACCAUUGAAUCAAUUUUUUUCAUAACCAACCGGAGCUCGAUAAAACCUUUCAGCGAACCAUGGAUGGCGCCAGAGAAACUAUAUAAAAGCAUCCAAGUUCCAAACAUUUCCCACAUUUGUUUUCUAUCGUUGAUAGUUGAAUUUGAAUAGCAAUAACAACAGCGAUAAAAAUGGAAACAAACAAUGCUCAACCCGUGGCACUGGCAGCAAGAGCAAUCCACUUUCAUUGAAAAGACUCCACCGAACUCACUGGAGCUUGUUGGAAGGCUGGAAAAAUGCACCGGCUGAGCGAAGCCCUCUCGGCAUGUAAACAAUGCAGCACGAAACGCAUUAUGCCACUGCAGC